AUGAGCAGGUGCAGAUUUAUAUUAUUGAUUAUUGUUCUGGCUGUAUUAGUAACCAUGGUUUCGUUUGGAGCAUUUCAAAACCAGUCACCACUUAAUAGCGGACGAUAUUUCACAAGAAACGGUGGUUUUGUUUCGGAAGACGCAGAAACGGAGAUGAUCCCUAUUGAAGAUGGAUUGGUAUAUAGUGUAGCGAUUGGAGUCAACAAAGGAAUGGACAAUGAGAAAAUGGCUACUCAAAAACUUUUUCAUAAAGAAUCUGGGCAGAGCUCUUUGGCUCCAUCAUCACAGAAUAUGGCAGUACCUCCUCACAAGAAGAAACCAGUAUCAGUACCAACUAUCGACAAAAACAGACUCUUUGAGAGUAACUAUCCCCCACCAACCAUCAAUGGCUACACUUGCCGAGAUAGCAUGUGCUCUGAGUUCCUGAAACCAGGAAACAUGAAAAGAUACAAGGACUUUACAACAAAAAUGCUUUCUGGUUUGUCACUGAAGUCAAAGAUGGCUCAAGUCUCAUCCAUUAACGGACCUUGUCACUUUAUGAAUGGUAGCAGUCGCUCAGCAGUGGCUCUGGCUAGUUUCCCUGGCUCUGGUAACACCUGGGCUAGAGGACUACUGGAGAAGGCUACUGGAGUGUGUACAGGCUCCAAGUACACAGACAGUCUACUGAGAGAGAGGGGCUUUAACGGGGAGGGGCUGAUGACGGGGGCGGUGUGUGUUGUCAAGACGCAUCACACUAACAAGCCUGUACAAUGGAGCAAGAGUCCGGGGUCUUCCGGGUUUGGCAGUGCUAUUUUGAUAGUCCGGAACCCGUUUGACGCGUUGGUCUCGGAAUGGACUAGGGAGACGUCACAGAACCAUACCGGUACCACCUCUCUUAAAAGUUUUGGAGCCAAUCGGAAGUGGAAAACUUUUGUUGAGAGGGAAUCAAAACGAUGGGGCAAGUACUUCAGAAUGUGGCUGGUAGAAUCUCACGACCACCCCACCAUGAUGAUCAGGUACGAGGAUUUGAAAGUUGACAUUGUUUCAAAUGUUGAAAAGAUGCUUGACUUUAUAAGCUUUCCCUAUGAUCAUCAAGAAUUAGAAAACCACCUGACCAAAGACUUCACUAAGUUCAAGAGGAAGCACCGCAAUGGUGUGCCAACUGUGGACCACUUCACUACUGCACAGCAGGAUUUCGUUAGAUCAGUUAUUAAACAAACACUGUCUUACUUGAGAGACAAUAACCAUGGCAACACACUAAACAUUGAAGAAUAUUUAUUGUAAUUAUUUAUUAUUUUUGUGUAAUGGGUAGCUCAUGUAAAUCCUGAGACCGCUUUUUCCCUAUUAUAACGCUAAAUUUUUAGCAAGGUUCCAGCUCCACCCCUCUUUUGGAAAUGGGAAACCCUAAUAGUGUGGUG